CUUUGGCCUCGUAUACCUUGUCCAGUGCUCCUGCCGUCUCGAUGGCGAACAAAGCCACGCUCAACAAGGAGCUGUUCAACGCGCACUUGAAGCGUCUCCUUGAUGCCUGGAAGAACGCGACUCCCAACAACGAUUUCAGCAGCAUAGCAAAUGCGGAUGCUAUAAUCCUCCCGGCGGGCGAUGGAGAUGAUGACUUUUUCUCGAAGGGGAUGUCGCUCCAGCAAUGGCUGCUCGUCUACGAAUUCCCCUCCACCAUAAUCUUCUUCGAGAAGGAAAAGAUCACUUUCCUAUGCUCUGCUUCCAAGGCCAGGAUCCUCGGUCAGCUAGAGAAAACCCCAGUUCCCAUCGAGAUUUUGCCCGUACCUAAGCCAAAGGAUCCCCCCAAUGACUCUUUGGCCAAGUUUGUCAAGCUGUACACGUCGAAAGAACGCGUAGGGGCCCUGCUCAAGGAGCAGCCGAACGGCAGGCUCGUCAGCGAAUUCAACAAGGCCGUCGACGCAGCCUCCUCCAAGCCGGAACUCGUGGACAUUGCGCAUGCAGUCUCUGCCCUACUCGCCGUGAAAGAUGAGGAGGAAAUGAAAUUGGUUACGACUGCUGCGAAUCUGACCUCCACCCUUCUUCGCCAUCACGUCGCCACCAAGCUCGAGAUGAUCCUUGAUAAGGAAGCGAAGAUAUCUCAUGAGGCUUUCGCGGCGCAGAUCGAGACACGGUUAGGCUCGGGCCCGGGCGACAAUGCGAAGGCUCCGGAUAUGAGGGUCUGGAGCAAGGGCAAAGGGCUGCAAGAUAUUGACUUCAGUGUUGUCGACUUCUGUUACCCCCCGGUAGUCAUUUCGAAGUCAAGUUCGACCGGCUACGACAUUCGCUUCAGCGCCAUCUCCACAGGCGACAACAUCGCGCACAAAGGUGUUCUCCUCGCGGCCUUUGCCCUUCGAUACAAGGGCUAUGCAGCAAACGUUGGUCGGACAUGGAUCGUCGACCCUACACCCGAGCAAGAAGCGCAGUACAACCUGCUCUUGUCGCUGCAAAAUGAGCUCUUGUCGAAAAUUGGCGACGGCGUCGUUGCUAAGGAUGUCUACCAGCACGCAUUAGAUUACGUGCGCGACAAGAGCCCCGAUUUGGAGAAGCACUUCGUCAAGAACGUUGGGUUUUCGAUGGGUAUCGAGUUUCGUGACCCGACCUUCCUGUUGUCCGGCAAGAACAACCGGACCAUACAGUCCAACAUGGUCUUCAACCUUGCUUUGGGCUUCACCGACCUAGUCGAUAAGAACGGGCAGAAGUAUGCCUUGCAGCUGGCCGACACCAUCAAGGUCGAUGGCAACAAGUCCGUCCUCCUCACCGAAGGCGCAAGAUCAACCAAGGACACCCUCUUCUUCCUCACCCCCGCUGAAGAUGAAAAGCCCAAGAAGAGCGAGCGCAAGCCGCCCGUACAGCCGAAGUCGAACGGUACGCCUCUGAAGAGUAAGACCGUCGCGGGAAAGGUGCUGCGAAAUCAGCGCCGUGCGAAGCAGGAGGAGGACCAGUCCCACCUACAGCGAUUCAUCGAGCACCAGCGCGAGCUGCAUCAGAAGGUGCAGAAUGAUGGCUUAGAGCGGUACAGCCACGGUAGCGGGGGCAAGGGCGGCGAGGACAAGACCUGGAAGAAGUUCCAGAGCUACAAGGGUGAGAUGGCGUUGCCACCAGAGGUUGAGCGUCUGAGGGUCUUCGUCGAUCGUAAGGCUCAGACAGUCAUUCUGCCGAUCAAUGGGUUCGCGGUGCCGUUCCAUGUGAACACUAUUAAGAAUGUCAGCAAGAACGACGAGGGGGAGUUCACAUACCUCCGAAUCAAUUUCCAGACCCCCGGCCAGCUUGCAGGGAAGAAGGAGGACACGCCCUUCGAAAAUCCCGAUGCCACCUUCAUUCGAUCCGUCUCCUUCCGCUCGCCAGAUGGCCAGCGCUUCGACAACCUCCAGAAGCAGAUCACCGAGCUGAAGAAGGAGGCCAACAAGCGCGAGCAGCAACGGAAGCAGAUGGCAGACGUCAUCGACCAGGACAAACUCGUCGAGGUCAAGGGACGGAGACCAGUCCGUAUGCCCGAUAUGUUCGUGCGACCUGCGUUGGACGGUAAGCGCUUGCCGGGUGAUGUCGAGAUUCACCAGAACGGUGUUCGCUUCGUGUCGCCGAUCGGACAGAGGAUAGAUAUCCUGUUCAACAACGUCAAGCACCUCUUCUUCCAGCCCUGCGACCACGAACUACUCGUUAUCAUUCACUUCCACCUCAAAGCGCCCAUCAUGGUCGGCAAGAGGAAAGCGACGGACAUCCAAUUUUUCCGCGAAGCGACCGACGUCCAGUUCGAUGAGACAGGCAACCGGAAGCGCAAGCAUCGAUACGGCGAUGAGGACGAGAUCGAGCAGGAACAGCAGGAGCGCAAGCGCCGGCAACAACUCAACAAGGAGGUGAAGGGCUUCGCGGAGAAGAUCGCGGACGCCGCUGCUACAUCUAUUGAAGACACCUUUGAGCUGGAUAUUCCAUUCCGUGAACUCUCGUUCGAGGGUGUGCCCUUCCGCUCUGCCGUACGACUGCAGCCAACAACGGAAUGCCUGGUCCACCUGACGGACCCACCAUUCCUCGUCGUCACCCUGUCCGAGAUCGAGAUUGCGUCCCUCGAGCGUGUACAGUACGGCUUGAAGCAGUUCGAUCUCGUCUUCAUCUUCCGGGACUACACUCGAACACCGUUGCACAUCAACUCCAUAUCAUCGUCGGCGAUGGACGAUGUGAAGAACUGGCUAGACUCUGUCGACAUACCCAUGAGCGAGGGCCCGGUCAACUUGAACUGGGGCCCCAUCAUGAAGCACAUCAACGAGGACCCGCAUGAGUUCUUCCUCCAGGGCGGCUGGGAGUUCCUCGGCGGCCCCGAGGGCGCGCAGAACGACGGCUCAUCGGGCGAGUCCGACACGGAGUCCGAGUUUGAGGAGUCAGAAGCAUUCGAGGAGAGCGAGAGUGCCAGCGAGAGCGACUUCAGCGACGACGCGAGCGCGAGCGACAGUGGAUCGUAUAGCGGGAGCGACAUCAGCGACGAGGGCGAUGACUGGGACGAGCUGGAGAGGAAGGCGGCAAAGUCGGACAAGAAGCGCGCAGAGAACGUGCCGGACUCGGACGACGACAGGCCAAAGAAAAAGGCGGUCAACGGUGGUGCAAAGAAGAAGGCACCUGUCAACGGCAAGGCCAACGGGAAGGGCAGACGUUGACGCGCAAGCACCCCCUCCGACCUCCCUUGCCCCUUAUUCUCGCAUUCUAUUUGGCUGUGACAUUGCUAUCUGAACACCCUGUAUCAUAUUUCUCUCUCAGGCAUGUUAUUGUAGAUCCUGACUGCUAGAACUCGAAUCUCGGCUCGAGAUCUAUCGCGGGUUUUGUGGACGGCACGAGUGCAUCCGAGUCGCCUUGAGGUUGCUCUGCGACUGCCAGCUUGUCCAGAGUAGGAGCGACGACUUGGGCCGGGUGCGUACGCGAUUCGCGCCAGAGCAGCGUACCCGUGAUAGCAGCUGCUGGACCCGCGAAAGGCGGCGCGAAGACAUACCACCCGAGAAGCCCAAGCAACUGCUGCCAAGUGUCCGCGAACGAGAGCGUCGCAAGCACCGUCGAGCCCACCCCAACAAUCCCCGUCCACUUGAG